CCCAGCCACUCUGCUCAGCCCAGAGGAGAAGCCACGCAGGGGGAAGAAGAAGAAGAAGAAAAAGUUGAAGAAGUUGAAAGCAACUCAGCAACAGAGAGAGAGAAGGGAGGGCCAGCGAAAGAGAGAGAGAGAGAGAGAAGAGGUGAAGGGGGGGGGAAAGAAAACGCCCUGGAAACUUUGCUUGAUCUAGGAAAAGUGACAGAAUCCCUUCAGACAGACGUCGAGAAGUGCUCUUCUUUGGGCUGGGACGUUUCCGAGGAUGCUCCGGCUGGUGUGAGGCUUCUCGGGCGCAACCAGGGCGCGCAGAAGUCAAGAAAACAAGAUCCAACGCGUUGGACCGAAGCCCUUGGCCUCGCUCCAGCUAUCCAAGGAACACUGAGUGUGACGUUCUUCUCCGCCGGGGUUUGAACACAGGACAAACAAAACAAGAUGGCCGACGAGGAGGACACCAGGGAAGUGCUCUUUCCAGACUGGGAAGGCCCAGACAAAACCGGACUGACCAUCGAGCAGACAUGUGAAGGAGAGAUCUUCGUCAAAGAAGUGAAAGGAGAGUCGCCCGCGGCACGGUCCGGGAAAGUAUACGAAGGUGACCAGAUUGUGGGCGCUACUAUCUAUUUUGACAAAAUGAGCUCAGAGGAAACGGCUGAUCUCCUGAAGACACUGAACCGUCACAAGGUUGGACUGAAACUGCAAAACAAAGGGGACAAGUCCCCAGGCUACUCACCCCUGAGCACACCAUGUCGCUCCCCGUUGGGGACCUUGACGUGGGAGGGCAGGGUUGGAGGCGCCAGUCCUGACAUCAUUCUUGGCGGUGAUGAUGAGGACUACAAAAGGAUUUACACAAAGAAGAUCAAACCAAGGCUCAAGUCUGAAGAACUCGGAGACGGAGUGGAUGUGCGCACAGAACGGCACAGCAGCACAAGUAGUGACGGCAGCACGAUAACAACGAUCACCCGCCGUAUCACCACCUACACCGUGGACAUGCCGACCGGCAUCAGUGAGCAACUGGAGCUUUCAGGCCCAGAGUUCAAAGGGCAAAGGCAAGAAUCAGGGGCUGGCUCGCCUCAUUUAAAGUUGUCACAUGGCAGUCCUUCUGGUGACGUGGGAGCUGAAGGAGGGGUUUUCUCUUACAAACUAGGGGGAAACGUAAACACUGGGACUGGGCAUGUUUCAAUGGGAGGUAUGGGAAGUAGUGAGGUAUUCACGACAGACAACGAAAACGGAGGGUCUGUACCAGAAAAAGGCAGGUCAAUUUUUGUAACAUCCAUAGGUAAGACACAGAUAGGUGACGGGGCAAAGGUGAGGUUACCCGAAGUUACUGUCACUCACCCACAUGCAGAGGGAUCAGGCACCGUUCACAUUCCAAAGGUCUCAAUGAGUGGAGGUUACGGAAAUACUGGAAGCGACUUAAAAGGUCCUUCUGGAAACACCAAGUUCACUAUGCAAACAAAAGUCACCGAGAGCAAAUAUGUUAAAGGUCCAGAAAUGACUAUUGAGGGGAAAAAGGGGGAUUUUAAAUCACCUCAGAUAAAUGUAACAUCAUUUGCAACGAAGGGGUCAACUUUUGAUGUGGCGACUCCAAAGAUAGAGACAAAUACUGAAGGCCAAGACAGAAAAGGUGCAAAGGUUAGUUUAAAUAUAACCAAAGCUGACGUUUCAGGACCGAGCAUUGACAUGCCAAAUGUGGAAUUAAACCUAAAAAGCCCUGAACUCAAAGGUGACGUAGAUGUGUCAGUACCACAUAUUGAAGGCGAUAUAAAAGCUCCCAAAAUUGGUAUAAAAGGCUCAAAAGUUGACAUUAAGGGAUCGACUACUGGAAUCGAAUUUCCAAAAAUGAAAAUGCCAGAAUUCGGUUUGAAAGGUUCAAAACAGGAGGGCCCAGACAUUCAUGUGAACCUUCCAAAGGCUAAUAUUGAGGGCAAAGUCCCAGAGGUUGAUAUUGAAGGCCCUGAAUUUCAUACUAAAGGACCAGACGUUGACAUAGACAGUCAAGGUUGGAAGAUCAAAGGACCUGAAUUCAAGAUGCCGAAAACCUCAGGAAUUAAUGUCACCAUGCCAACUGUGGAUCUGAAAGGCUCUAAGUUCAAAGGUGGUGUGUCAGUACCAACUUUUGAGGGGGAUAUAAAAGUACCAAAAGGCGAUUUGGACAUCAAAGGCCCAAAAUUGGACAUCGGAGCGCAAGAUGUUGACAUUGAGGCGGGUGGGAAAAUCAAGGGACCAAAAUUCCAGACGGGUAAAAUCACAGGACCAAGCAUCUCCACGCCCAAUGUGGAUUUACAUCUGAAAGAAUCUAACAUCAAAGGUAAAGUAGAUGUGUCAUUACCAACAAUUGAAGGAGAUAUCAAAGCCCCAGAAGUUGAACUACAAGGUGCCAACAUUGACAUUAAGGGGCCUAAGACUGGAUUUGAUUUACCAAAAGUCAAAAUGCCAAAAUUUGGCUUAAAGGGUUCGAAAGUCACUGGUCCUGAUGUCGACAUAAAUCUCCCCAAGGCUAAUAUUGAUGUCGGGAUACCUGAUGUGGAGAUCCGAGGCUCAGAAUUUGAUAUCGAUCUGCCGAAAGCUGAUUUGGAUAUUAAAGGUCCAAAAUUGGACAUCGAAACACCAGAUGUUGACAUGGACAGUACCGGUUGGAAGAUUAAAGGACCUAAACUAAAUAUGCCCAAAAUCUCAGCACCAAACAUCUCCAUGCCCAGUACGGACUUCAAACUGAAAGGUCCGAAAGUCAAAGGUGAUGUAAAUGUCUCUGUACCAACUGUCGAAGGAGAUAUCAGAGCACCAGAAGUUGAACUAAAAGGUGCCAAAGUUGACAUUAAGGGCCCUAACACUGGAUUUGAGUUACCGAAAUUUAAAAUGCCAGGAUUUGGUGUUAAAGGACCUAAACUGGAGGGUCCAGAUGUUAAGAUAAACCUCCCCAAAGCUGAUAUUGAUGUCAAGGUUCCUGAUGUAGACAUUCAAGGCCCAGAAUUUGACAUCAAUCUGCCAAAAGCUGAUUUGGACAUUAAAGGUCCAAAAGUGGAUAUUGAAACACCUGACGUUGAAAUGGACAGGUCCAGUUGGAAGAUUAAAGGACCUAAAAUAAAUAUGCCAAACAUCUCAGGACCAAACAUCUCCAUGCCCAAUAUGGAUUUCAAACUGAAAGGUCCGAAAGUCAAAGGUGAUGUAGAUGUCUCUGUACCAACUGUCGAAGGAGAUAUCAAAGCACCAGAAGUUGAACUAAAAAGUGCCAAAGUGGAUAUUAAAGGCCCUAACACUGGAAUUGAGUUCCCGAAAUUUAAAAUGCCAGGAUUUGGUGUUAAAGGACCCAAGCUGGAGGGUCCAGACGUUGACAUAAACCUCCCCAAAGUUAACAUUGAUGUCAAAGUCCCUGAUGUUGGCAUUCAAGGCCCAGAAUUUGACAUCAAUCAGCCGAAAGCUGAUUUGGAUAUUAAAGGUCCAAAAUUGGAUAUCGAAACACCAGAUGUUGACAUGGACAGUACCGGUUGGAAGAUUAGAGGACCUAAAUUAAAUAUGCCAAAAAUCUCAGCACCAAACAUCUCCAUGCCCAGUAUGGACUUCAAACUGAAAGGCCCAAAGGUCAAAGGUGAUGUAGAUGUCUCUGUACCAACUGUCGAAGGAGAUAUCAAAGCACCAGAAGUUGAACUAAAAGGAGCCAAAGUUGACAUUAAGGGCCCUAGUACUGGAUUUGAGUUGCCGAAAUUUAAAAUGCCAGGAUUUGGUGUUAAAGGACCUAAACUGGAGGGUCCAGACGUUGACAUAAACCUCCCUAAAGCAAACAUUGAUGUCAAAGUCCCAGAUGUUGACAUUAAAGGCCCAGAAUUUGACAUCAAUCUGCCAAAAGCUGAUUUGGAUAUUAAAGGUCCAAAAUUGGAUAUCGAAACACCAGAUGUUGACAUGGACAGUACCGGUUGGAAGAUUAAAGGACCGAAAAUAAAUAUGCCAAAAAUAUCAGCACCAAACAUCUCCAUGCCCAAUAUGGACUUCACACUGAAAGGUCCGAAAGUCAAAGGUGAUGUAGAUGUCUCUGUACCAACUGUCGAAGGCGAUAUCAAAGCACCAGAAGUUGAACUAAAAGGUGCCAAAGUUGACAUUAAGGGCCCUAGCACUGGAUUUGAGUUGUCAAAAUUUAAAAUGCCAGGAUUUGGUGUUAAAGGACCUAAACUUGAGGGUCCAGAUGUUAACAUAAACCUCCCCAAAGCGAACAUUGAUGUCAAAGUCCCUGAUGUUGACAUUCAAGGACCAGAAUUUGACAUCAAUCUGCCGAAAGCUGAUGUGGAUAUUAAAGGUCCAAAAUUGGAUAUCGAAACACCAGAUGUUGACAUGGACAGUACCGGUUGGAAGAUUAAAGGACCUAAAUUAAAUAUGCCAAAAAUCUCAGCACCAAACAUCUCCAUGCCCAAUAUGGACUUCAAACUGAAAGGUCCGAAAGUCAAAGGUGAUGUAGAUGUCUCUGUACCAACAAUCGAAGGAGAUAUCAAAGCACCAGAAGUUGAACUAAAAGGUGCCAAAGUUGACAUUAAGGGCCCUAGUACUGGAUUUGAGUUGCCGAAAUUUAAAAUGCCAGGAUUUGGUGUUAAAGGAACUAAACUUGAGGGUCCAGACGUUGACAUAAACCUCCCCAAAGCUAACAUUGAUGUCAAAGUCCCUGAUGUUGACAUCCAAGGACCAGAAUUUGACAUCAAUCUGCCGAAAGGUGAUUUGGAUAUGAAAGGUCCAAAAUUGGACAUCGAAAAACCAGAUGUUGACAUGGACAGUACCGGUUGGAAGAUUAAAGGACCUAAAUUAAAUAUGCCAAAAAUCUCAGCACCAAACAUCUCCAUGCCCAAUAUGGACUUCAAACUGAAAGGUCCGAAAGUCAAAGGUGAUGUAGAUGUCUCUGUACCAACUAUCGAAGGAGAUAUCAAAGCACCAGAAGUUGAACUAAAAGGAGCCAAAGUUGACAUUAAGGGCCCUAGUACUGGAUUUGAGUUGCCGAAAUUUAAAAUGCCAGGAUUUGGUGUUAAAGGACCUAAACUGGAGGGUCCAGACGUUGACUUAAACCUCCCUAAAGCCAACAUUGAUGUCAAAGUCCCUGAUGUUGACAUUCAAGGCCCAGAAUUUGACAUCAAUCUGCCAAAAGCUGACUUGGAUAUUAAAGGUCCAAAAUUGGAUAUCGAAACACCAGAAGUUGACAUGGACAGUAGCAGUUGGAAGAUUAAAGGACCUAAAUUAAAUAUGCCAAAAAUCUCAGCACCCAACAUUUCCAUGCCCAAUGUGGACUUCAAACUUAAAGGCCCAAAGGUCAAAGGGGAUUUAGAUGUCUCUGUACCAACUGUCGAAGGAGAUAUCAAAGCACCAGAAGUUGAACUAAAAGGUGCCAAAGUUGACAUUAAGGGCCCUAGCACUGGAUUUGAGUUGCCGAAAUUUAAAAUGCCAGGAUUUGGUAUUAAAGGACCUAAACUGGAAGGUCCAGACGUUGACAUAAACCUCCCCAAAGCUAACAUUGAUGUCAAAGUCCCUGAUGUUGACAUUCAAGGCCCAGAAUUUGACAUCAAUCUGCCGAAAGCUGACUUGGAUAUCAAAGGCCCAAAAUUGGAUAUCGAAACACCAGAUGUUGACAUGGACAGUAGCAGUUGGAAGAUUAAAGGACCUAAAUUAAAUAUGCCAAAAAUCUCAGCACCUAACAUCUCCAUGCCCAAUAUGGACUUCAAACUUAAAGGCCCAAAGGUCAAAGGGGAUUUAGAUGUCUCUGUACCAACUGUCGAAGGAGAUAUCAAAGCGCCAGAAGUUGAACUAAAAGGUGCCAAAGUUGACAUUAAGGGCCCUAGCACUGGAUUUGAGUUGCCAAAAUUUAAAAUGCCAGGAUUUGGUGUUAAAGGACCUAAACUGGAGGGUCCAGACGUUGACAUAAACCUCCCCAAAGCUAACAUUGAUGUCAAAGUCCCUGAUGUUGACAUUCAAGGCCCAGGAUUUGACAUCAAUCUGCCGAAAGCUGAUUUGGAUAUUAAAGGUCCAAAAUUGGAUAUCGAAACACCGGAUGUUGACAUGGACAGUAGCAGUUGGAAGAUUAAAGGACCUAAAUUAAAUAUGCCAAAAAUCUCAGCACCCAACAUCUCCAUGCCCAAUGUGGACUUCAAACUUAAAGGCCCAAAGGUCAAAGGUGAUGUAGAUGUCUCUGUACCAACUGUCGAAGGAGAUAUCAAAGCACCAGAAGUUGAACUAAAAGGUGCCAAAGUUGACAUUAAGGGCCCUAGCACUGGAUUUGAGUUGCCGAAAUUUAAAAUGCCAGGAUUUGGUAUUAAAGGACCUAAACUGGAAGGUCCAGACGUUGACAUAAACCUCCCCAAAGCUAAUAUUGAUGUCAAAGUCCCUGAUGUUGACAUUCAAGGCCCAGAAUUUGACAUCAAUCUGCCAAAAGCUGACUUGGAUAUCAAAGGCCCAAAAUUGGAUAUCGAAACACCGGAUGUUGACAUGGACAGUACCGGUUGGAAGAUUAAAGGACCUAAAUUAAAUAUGCCAAAAAUCUCAGCACCAAACAUCUCCAUGCCCGAUAUGGACUUCAAACUGAAAGGCCCAAAGGUCAAAGGAGAUGUAGAUGUACCAACUAUUCAAGGAGAUAUAAACGCACCAGGAUUGGAUAUCAAAGGUCCAAAAGCAGACUUGAAAGGACCUAAUGUUGGUUUUGGAUUGCCAAAAUUCAAAAUGCCAGAGUUUGGCUUUAAAGGACCUAAAAUUGAGGGUCCAGAUGUUGACAUAAACCUACCCAAGGCUAACAUUGAUGUCAAAAUUCCCGAUGUAGGCAUUCACAGCCCAGACGUUGACAUUAAUCUGCCCAAAGCUGAUUUGGACUUUAAAAGUCCAAAAUUGGAUAUCGAAACACUUGAUGUUGACAUUGACACUCCCGGUUGGAAGAUAAAGGGACCUAAACUAAAGAUGCCAAAAAUCUCAGGACCUAACAUCUCCAUGCCCAAUGUGGACUUACAUCUGAAAGGCCCCAAGGUCAAAGGAGAUGUAGAUGUGUCAUUACCAACUGUUGAGGGAGAUAUCAAAGCACCAGAAAUUGAUAUUAAAGGUCCAAGUGCUGACAUUAAGGGGCAUGUUGACAUCCCCAGUCCUAGUGGUAAGAUCAAAGGAACUAAGUUUAAGAUGCCAAAACUUACAGGACCUCACAUAUCUCUACCAGAUGUGAAUUUCAAUCUAAAAGGCCCAAAAGUCAAAGGUGAUCUAGAUGUGUCAGUACCAAACAUCGAGGGAGACAUAAAAGCACCAGAACUUGAUAUCAAAGGUAAAAAAGUUGAUGCAAAAGGUCCUUCAAUUGGUUUUGGAUUACCUAAAUUCAAAAUGCCAGAAUUUGGAUUUAAAAGCUCAAAACCGGAGGGUCCUGAAGUGGCUGUGAAACUUCCGAAGAGUGAUAUUUCCAUCAAGGUCCCCGACGUUGACAUUGAAGCUCCAAAACUGGACAUCAAAGGACCAGAUUUGGACAUUGACACUUCAAGUGGUAAGAUCAAAGGACCAAAAUUCAAGAUGCCAAAAAUUUCGGGCCCACAUAUCUCCAUGCCUGAUGUGGAUUUCAAUAUGAAGGGUCCUAAACUCAAAGGUGAUGUAGAUGUGUCCGUGCCAACAAUUGAAGGAGAUAUCAAAGCACCAGGAGUGGACAUUAAAGGCCCAAAUGUUGACAUUAAGGGACCUAAGGCUGGAUUUGAAUUACCAAAAAUGAAAAUGCCAGAUUUAGGCUUCAAAGGUCCGAAACUAGAGGGGCCUGACAUUGAUGUCAACCUUCCAAAGGCUAAUAUUGAUGUCAAUAUGCCUGAUGUUGAUAUUCAAGGUCCAGAAGUUGAUAUCAAUCUGCCGAAAGCUGAUUUGGACAUCAAAGGUCCUAAAGUGGACAUUGAAGUACCAGAUAUCGACAGUCCCAGUUGGAAGCUCAAGGGGCCUAACUUUAAAAUGCCAAAAAUAUCAGGCCCCAACAUCACCAUGCCAAACCUAGACUUCCAUCUUAAAGGCCCAAAACUUAAAGGUGAUGUAGAUGUGUCAGUACCAACUAUUGAAGGAGAAAUAAACGCACCAGAAGUGGAUAUCAAAGGCCCAAAAGUUGACAUUAAGGGACCGAAGACUGGAUUUGAAUUACCAAAAAUGAAAAUGCCAGAUUUCGGCUUCAAGGGUCCAAAACUAGAGGGCCCUGACAUUGACGUCAACCUUCCAAAGGCUAAUAUUGAUGUCAAGGUCCCAGAGGUUGAUAUUAAAGGCGCUAAUGUUGAUGUCAAUCUUCCAAAAGCUGAUUUGGACAUCAAAGGCCCUAAGGUGGACAUUGAAGGACCAGACAUUGACAGUUCCAGUUGGAAGUUUAAAGGACCUAAUUUCAAAAUGCCAAAAAUUUCAGGCCCGAGCAUAUCCAUGCCAGAUGUGGAUUUCAAUAUGAAAAGCCCUAAACUCAAAGGUGAUAUAGAUGUGUCGGUGCCAACAAUUGAAGGAGAUAUCAACGCACCAGGAAUUGACAUAAAAGGCCCAAAAGUUGACAUUAAGGGGCCUAAAGCUGGAUUUGAAUUACCAAAAAUGAAAAUGCCAGGUUUCGGCUUCAAGGGUCCAAAACUAGAGGGCCCUGACAUUGACGUCAACCUUCCAAAGGCUAAUAUUGAUGUCAGUCUUCCAAAAGCUGAUUUGGACAUCAAAGGUCCUAAAGUGGACAUUGAAGGACCAGAUAUCGACAGUCCCAGUUGGAAGCUCAAGGGGCCUAACUUUAAGAUGCCAAAAAUAUCAGGCCCGAACAUCACCAUGCCAAACCUAGACUUCAAUCUCAAAGGCCCAAAACUUAAAGGUGAUGUAGAUGUGUCAGUACCAACUAUCGAAGGAGAUAUCAACGCACCAGGAUUAGACAUAAAAGGCCCAAAUGUUGACAUUAAGGGGCCUAAGGCUGGAUUUGAAUUACCAAAAAUGAAAAUGCCCCAAUUUGGUUUCAAAGGUUCAAAGAUCGAAGGUCCGGACAUUGAUGUGGACCUUCCUCAGGGUAAUAUUGAUGUCAAGGUUCCUGAGGUUGAUGUCAGUCUUCCAAAAGCUGAUUUGGACAUCAAAGGCCCAAAGGUGGACAUUCAAGGACCAGACAUUGACAGUUCCAGUUGGAAGUUUAAAGGACCUAAUUUUAAGAUGCCAAAAAUUUCAGGCCCAAGCAUAUCCAUGCCAGAUGUGGAUUUCAAUAUGAAAAGCCCUAAACUCAAAGGUGAUAUAGAUGUGUCAGUGCCAACAAUUGAAGGAGACAUCAACGCACCAGGAAUUGACAUAAAAGGCCCAAAAGUUGACAUCAAGGGGCCUAAAGCUGGAUUUGAAUUACCAAAAAUGAAAAUGCCAGAUUUUGGCUUCAAGGGUCCAAAACUAGAGGGCCCUGACAUUGAUGUCAACCUUCCAAAGGCUGAUUUGGACAUCAAAGGACCUAAAGUGGACAUUGAAGGACCAGAUAUCGACAGUCCCAGUUGGAAGCUCAAGGGGCCUAACUUUAAGAUGCCAAAAAUAUCAGGCCCCAACAUCACCAUGCCAAACCUGGACUUUCAUCUUAAAGGCCCAAAACUUAAAGGUGAUGUAGAUGUGUCAGUACCAACUAUUGAAGGAGAAAUAAAUGCACCAGAAGUGGAUAUCAAAGGCCCAAAAGUUGACAUUAAGGGAUCAAAGACUGGAUUUGAGUUACCAAAAAUGACAAUGCCAGAUUUCGGCUUCAAGGGUCCGAAACUAGAGGGCCCUGACAUUGACGUCAACCUUCCAAAGGCUAGUAUUGAUGUCAAGGUCCCAGAGGUGGACAUUAAAGGCCCUAAUGUUGAUGUCAAUCUUCCAAAAGCUGAUUUGGACAUCAAAGGCCCUAAAGUGGACAUUGACGGACCAGAUAUCGACAGUCACAGUUGGAAGCUUAAGGGGCCUAACUUUAAGAUGCCAAAAAUAUCAGGCCCCAACAUCACCAUGCCAAACCUAGACUUCCAUCUUAAAGGCCCAAAACUUAAAGGUGAUGUAGAUGUGUCAGUACCAACUAUUGAAGGAGAUAUCAACGCUCCAGGAAUUGACAUAAAAGGCCCAAAAGUUGACAUUAAGGGGUCUAAAGCUGGAUUUGAAUUACCAAAAAUGAAAAUGCCCCAAUUUGGUUUCAAAGGUUCAAAGCUCGAAGGUCCGGACAUUGAUGUGGACCUUCCUCAGGGUAAUAUUGAUGUCAAGGUUCCUGAGGUUGAUGUCAGUCUUCCAAAAGCUGAUUUGGACAUAAAAGGCCCAAAGGUGGACAUUCAAGGACCAGAUAUUGACAGUCCCAGUUGGAAGUUUAAAGGACCUAAUUUUAAGAUGCCAAAAAUUUCGGGCCCAAGCCUAUCCAUGCCAGAUGUGGAUUUCAAUAUGAAAAGCCCUAAACUCAAAGGUGAUGUAGAUGUGUCAGUGCCAACAAUUGAAGGAGAUAUCAACGCACCAGGAAUUGACAUAAAAGGCCCAAAUGUUGACAUUAAGGGGCCUAAGGGCGGAUUUGAAUUACCAAAAAUGAAAAUGCCAGAUUUCGGCUUCAAGGGUCCUAAACUAGAGGGCCCUGACAUUGACAUUAAAGGCCCUAAUGUUGAUGUUAAUCUUCCAAAAGCUGACUUGGACAUCAAAGGUCCUAAAGUGGACAUUGAAGGACCAGAUAUCGACAGUCCCAGUUGGAAGCUCAAGGGGCCUAACUUUAAGAUGCCAAAAAUAUCAGGACCCAACAUCACCAUGCCAAACUUAGACUUCAAUCUUAAAGGCCCAAAACUUAAAGGUGAUUUAGAUGUGUCAGUACCAACUGUUGAAGGAGAAAUAAAUGCUCCAGAAGUGGAUAUCAAAGCCCCAAAAGUUGACAUUAAGGGUCCGAAGACUGGAUUUGAAUUACCAAAAAUGAAAAUGCCCCAAUUUGGUGUCAAAGGUUCAAAGCUCGAAGGUCCGGACAUUGAUGUGGACCUUCCUCAGGGUAAUAUUGAUGUCAAGGUUCCUGAGGUUGAUGUCAGUCUUCCAAAAGCUGAUUUGGACAUAAAAGGCCCAAAGGUGGACAUUCAAGGACCAGAUAUUGACAGUCCCAGUUGGAAGUUUAAAGGACCUAAUUUUAAGAUGCCAAAAAUCUCAGGCCCAAGCAUAUCCAUGCCAGAUGUGGAUUUCAAUAUGAAAAGCCCUAAAUUCAAAAGUGAUGUAGAUGUGUCAGUGCCAACAAUUGAAGGAGAUAUCAAAGCACCAGGAAUUGACAUAAAAGGCCCAAAUGUUGACAUUAAGGGGCCUAAGGCUGGAUUUGAAUUACCAAAAAUGAAGAUGCCAGAUUUCGGCUUCAAGGGUCCAAAACUAGAGGCCCCUGACAUUGACAUUAAAGGCCCUAAUAUUGAUGUCAAUCUUCCAAAAGCUGAUUUGGACAUCAAAGGUCCUAAAGUGGACAUUGAAGGACCAGAUAUCGACAGUCCCAAUUGGAAGCUCAAGGGGCCUAACUUUAAGAUGCCAAAAAUAUCAGGCCCCAACAUCACCAUGCCAAACCUAGACUUCAAUCUUAAAGGCCCAAAACUUAAAGGUGAUGUCGAUGUGUCAGUACCAACUAUUGAAGGAGAAAUAAAUGCACCAGAAGUGGAUAUCAAAGGCCCAAAUGUUGACAUUAAGGGACCGAAGACCGGAUUUGAAUUUCCAAAAAUAAAAAUGCCCCAAUUUGGUUUCAAAGGUCCAAAGCUCGAAGGUCCGGACAUUGAUGUUGAUCUUCCUCAGGGUAAUAUUGAUGUCAAAGUUCCUGAUGUUGAUGUCAAGCUUCCAAAAGCUGAUUUGGACAUCAAAGGCCCAAAGGUGGACAUUCAAGGACCAGAUGUUGACAUGGACAGUCCCAGUUGGAAACUCAAGGGGCCUAAUUUUAAGAUGCCAAAAAUCUCAGGCCCAAGCCUAUCCAUGCCAGAUGUGGAUUUCAAUAUGAAAAGCCCUAAACUCAAAGGUGAUGUAGAUGUGUCCGUGCCAACAAUUGAAGGAGAUAUCAAAGCACCAGGAAUUGACAUAAAAGGCCCGAAUGUUGACAUUAAGGGGCCUAAAGCUGGAUUUGAAUUACCAAAAAUGAAAAUGCCAGAUUUCGGCUUCAAGGGUCCUAAACUAGAAGGUCCUGACAUUGACGUCAACCUUCCAAAGGCUAAUAUUGAUGUCAGUCUUCCAAAAGCUGAUUUGGACAUCAAAGGUCCUAAAGUGGACAUUGAAGGACCAGAUAUCGACAGUCCCAGUUGGAAGCUCAAGGGGCCUAAUUUUAAGAUGCCAAAAAUAUCGGGCCCCAACAUCUCCAUGCCAAACCUAGACCUAGAUAUUAAAGGCCCAAAACUUAAAGGUAAUGUAGAUGUGUCAGUACCAACCAUUGAAGGAGAAAUAAACGCACCAGAAUUAGAUAUCAAAGGCCCAAAUGUUGACAUCAAGGGACCGAAGACAGGAUUCGAAUUACCAAAAAUAAAAAUGCCCCAAUUUGGUUUCAAAGGUACAAAGCUUGAAGGUCCAGACAUUGAUGUGGACCUUCCUCGGGCUAAUAUUGAUGUGAACGUCCCUGGGGUUGAUCUCAGUCUUCCAAAAACUGAUUUGGACAUCACUGGACCAAAUGUUGACAUUGACAGUGGUAAGAUCAAGGGGUCAAAAUUAAAGAUACCAAAACUUUCAGGACCAAACAUCACUUUGCCAGAUGUGGAUUUUCAUCUAAAAGGUCCUAAAGGCAAAGGUGGUGCAGCUGUGUCAGUGCCAAGUAUUGAGGGAGACUUAAAAGGGCCAGAACUGGACAUCAAAGGCCCCAAAGUUGACAUUCAAGGGACAAAGAGUGGAUUUGACUUAUCGAAGAUAAAAAUGCCAGAUUUUGGCGUCAAAGGUCCCAAACUAGAAGGACCAGAAGUUGACAUAAACCUCCCAAAAUUCAAGGGUGACAUUGAAGGAAACAUACAAUUACCAAAGGCUGAAAUUGACGCCCCAGAUGUCACGCUUGAAGUUCCUGAAAUCGGCGGUAAGAAAUCGAAAUUCAAAAUGCCGAAGUUUGGAUUCCGGGGUCCAAAGAAAGGUAAAGUUGAUAUAAAAGUACCAGGCGUUGCUGUAAAAGGUCCCAAGUUGGAGAGUCCCGAUGUUAACAUUAAACUACCCAAGGCAAAUGUUGAUCUUGACAUUGACAGUCCCAGCAGUAAGAUCAAGGGGCCAAAAUUCAAGAUGCCAGAUGUGGACUUCCAUCUGAAAGGCCCUAAAAUUACAAGUGAUUUGAACAUGACAGUCCCAAAUAUUGAGGGAGAUAUCAAGGGACCCUCAAUUGAUAUCAAAGGUCCAGAAGGUGACAUCAAAGGACCUAGUGCUGGGUUUGAAAUGCCAAAAUUCAAGAUGCCACAAUUUGGAUUCAAAAGUCCACAAUUGCAGGGUCCUGACAUUGAUAUAGACCUUCCCAAAGCUAAUAUUAAUGCUAAGAUCCCUGAGGUUGACCUUAAAGGCCCUGAAGUUGACGUCAGUUUUCCGAAAGCUGAUUUGAACAUCAAAAGCCCAAAGGUGGACAUUCAAGGACCAGAUGUUGACAUGGACAGUCCCAGUUGGAAACUCAAGGGGCCUAAUUUCAAGAUGCCAAAAAUCUCUGGCCCAAGCCUAUCCAGGCCAGAUGUGGAUUUCAAUAUGAAGGGUCCUAAAGUCAAAGGUGAUGUAGAUGUGUCCGUGCCAACAAUUGAGGGAGAUAUCAACGCAGCAGGAAUUGACAUAAAAGGCCCAAAUGUCGACAUUAAAGGGCCUAAGGCUGGAUUUGAAUUACCAAAAAUGAAAAUGCCAGGUUUCGGCUUCAAGGGUCCAAAACUAGAGGGCCCUGACAUUGACAUUAAAGGCCCUAAUACUGAUGUCAAUCUUCCAAAAGCUGAUUUGGACAUCAAAGGUCCUAAAGUGGACAUUGAAGGACCGGAUAUUGACAGUCCCAGUUGGAAACUCAAGGGGCCUAAUUUUAAGAUGCCAAAAAUCUCAGGCCCAAGCCUAUCCAUGCCUGAUGUAGAUUUCAAUAUGAAGGGUCCUAAACUCAAAGGUGAUGUAGAUGUUUCGGUGCCAACAAUUGAAGGAGAUAUCGAAGCACCAGGAAUUGACAUACAAGGCCCAAAUGUUGACAUUAAGGGGCCUAAGGCUGGAUUUGAAUUACCAAAAAUAAAAAUGCCAGGUUUCGGCUUCAAGGGUCCAAAACUAGAGGGCCCUGACAUUGACGUCAACCUUCCAAAGGCUAAUAUUGAUGUCAGUCUUCCAAAAGCUGAUUUAGACAUCAAAGGUCCUAAAGUGGACAUUGAGGGACCAGAUAUCGACAGUCCCAGUUGGAAACUCAAGGGGCCUAAUUUUAAGAUGCCAAAAAUCUCAGGCCCAAGCCUAUCCAUGCCAGAUGUGGAUUUCAAUAUGAAGGGUCCUAAACUCAAAGGUGAUGUAGAUGUGUCCGUGCCAACAAUUGAAGGAGAUAUCAAAGCACCAGGAAUUGACAUAAAAGGCCCGAAUGUUGACAUUAAGGGGCCUAAGGGUGGAUUUGAACUACCAAAAAUGAAAAUGCCAGAUUUCGGCUUCAAGGGUCCUAAACUAGAAGGGCCUGACAUUGACGUCAACCUUCCAAAGGCUAAUAUUGAUGUCAGUCUUCCAAAAGCUGAUUUGGACAUCAAAGGUCCUAAAGUGGACAUUGAGGGACCAGAUAUCGACAGUCCCAGUUGGAAACUCAAGGGGCCUAAUUUUAAGAUGCCAAAAAUCUCAGGCCCAAGCCUAUCCAUGCCAGAUGUGGAUUUCAAUAUGAAGGGUCCUAAACUCAAAGGUGAUGUAGAUGUGUCCGUGCCAACAAUUGAAGGAGAUAUCAACGCACCAGGAAUUGACAUAAAAGGCCCAAAUGUUGACAUUAAGGGGCCUAAGGGUGGAUUUGAAUUACCAAAAAUGAAAAUGCCAGGUUUCGGCUUCAAGGGUCCAAAACUAGAGGGCCCUGACAUUGACGUCAACCUUCCAAAGGCUAAUAUUGACGUCAAGGUCCCUAAUAUUGAUGUCAAUCUUCCAAAAGCUGAUUUGGACAUCAAAGGUCCUAAAGUGGACAUUCAAGGACCAGAUAUUGACAGUCCCAGUUGGAAACUCAAAGGGCCUAAUUUUAAAAUGCCAAAAAUCUCAGGCCCAAGCCUAUCCAUGCCAGAUGUGGAUUUCAAUAUGAAGGGUCCUAAACUCAAAGGUGAUGUAGAUGUGUCCAUGCCAACAAUUGAAGGAGAUAUCAAUGCACCAGGAAUUGACAUAAAAGGCCCAAAUGUCGACAUUAAGGGGCAUAAAUCUGGAUUUGGAUUACCCAAAAUGAAAAUGCCAGGUUUCGGUUUCAAGGGUCCAAAACUAGAGGGCCCUGACAUUGACGUCAACCUUCCAAAGGCUAAUAUUGAUGUCAGUCUUCCAAAAGCUGAUUUGGACAUAAAAGGCCCAAAGGUGGACAUUGAAGGACCAGAUAUUGACAGUCCCAGUUGGAAACUCAAAGGGCCUAAUUUUAAGAUGCCAAAAAUCUCAGGCCCAAGCCUAUCCAUGCCAGAUGUGGAUUUCAAUAUGAAGGGUCCUAAACUCAAAGGUGAUGUAGAUGUGUCUAUGCCAACAAUUGAAGGAGAUAUCAAUGCACCAGGAAUUGACAUAAAAGGCCCAAAUGUCGACAUUAAGGGGCAUAAAUCUGGAUUUGGAUUACCCAAAAUGAAAAUGCCAGGUUUCGGUUUCAAGGGUCCAAAACUAGAGGGCCCUGACAUUGACGUCAACCUUCCAAAGGCUAAUAUUGAUGUCAGUCUUCCAAAAGCUGAUUUGGACAUAAAAGGCCCAAAGGUGGACAUUGAAGGACCAGAUAUUGACAGUCCCAGUUGGAAACUCAAAGGGCCUAAUUUUAAGAUGCCAAAAAUCUCAGGCCCAAGCCUAUCCAUGCCAGAUGUGGAUUUCAAUAUGAAGGGUCCUAAACUCAAAGGUGAUGUAGAUGUGUCCGUGCCAACAAUUGAAGGAGAUAUCAAAGCACCUGGAGUGGACAUAAAAGGCCCAAAUGUUGACAUUAAGGGGCCUAAGGGUGGAUUUGAAUUACCAAAAAUGAAAAUGCCAGGUUUCGGCUUCAAGGGUCCAAAACUAGAGGGCCCUGACAUUGACGUCAACCUUCCAAAGGCUAAUAUUGAUGUCAACGUCCCUAACGUUGAUGUCAAUCUUCCAAAAGCUGAUUUGGACAUCAAAGGCCCUAAAGUGGACAUUCAAGGACCAGAUGUUGACAUGGACAGUCCGAGUUGGAAGAUAAAGGGACCAAAUUUUAAGAUGCCAAAAAUCUCAGGUCCAAAUAUCUCCAUGCCCGAUGUAAAUUUUAAUAUGAAAGGCCCUAAACUCAAAGGUGAUGUCGAUGUGUCAGUUCCAACAAUGAAAGGAGAUAUCGAAGCACCAGGAAUUGAUAUAAAAGGCUCAAAUGUCGACAUUAAGGGGCAUAAGUCUGGAUUUGGAUUGCCCAAAAUGAAAAUGCCAGAGUUUGGCUUCAAUAGUCCAAAACUAGAAAGCCCUGACAUUGACGUCAACCUUCCAAAGGCUAAUAUUGAUGUCAAGGUCCCAGAGGUUGACAUUAAAGGCCCUAAUGUUGAUGUCAGUCUUCCAAAAGCUGAUUUGGAUAUCAAAGGACCUAAAGUGGACAUUGAAGGACCAGAUGUUGACAUCAACAGUCCCAGUUGGAAGCUCAAGGGACCUAAUGUAAAAAUGCCAAAAAUUUCAGGGCCCAACAUCAGUAUGCCAAAUCUGGACUUCAAUCUUAAAGGCCCAAAACUCAAAGGUGAUGUAGAUGUGUCUGUACCAACUUUUGAAGGAGAUAUAAAUACACCAGAAGUGGAUAUCAAAGGCCCAAAGAUUGACAUUGAGGGACCAAAGACAGGAUUUGAACUUCCAAGUAUAAAAAUGCCACAAUUUGGCUUCAAAGGGUCAAAUGUCAAGGGUCCAGGUAUUGAUGUCAAAGUCCCCGAGGUUGGCCUUCAAGGCCCUGAAGUUGAUGUCAGUCUUCCCAAAGGUAACUUAGACAUAAAAGGCCCCAAAGUGGACAUCCAAGGACCGGAUGUUGACAUGGACAGUCCCAGUUGGAAAAUCAAGGGACCAAAAUUCAAGAUGCCAAAAAUCUCAGGACCAAACAUAUCGAUGCCCGAUGUGGAUUUUAAUAUGGAAGGCUCUAAACUCAAGGGUGAUAUCGAUGUGUCCGUACCAAACAUAGAAGGGGACAUCAAAGCACCAGCAGUGGAUAUCAAAGGUCCAAAGGUUCACAUUGAGAACCCUACGACUGGAAUUUCCUUUCCAAAAUUUAAAAUGCCUGAAUUCGGCCUUAAAAGUCCAAAUCUGGAAGGUCCGAACAUUGACGUCAACGUUCCAAAGGCUGAUAUUGAUAUCAAGGUUCCAAAGGUCGACAUAGAAGGACCAGAUGUUGACAUUGGGAGCCCGAGUGGUAAUAUCAAGGGACCUAAAUUAAAGCUCCCUGGAGGAAAGAUCACAAUGCCAAAAGUUGAUUUAAAUGUGAAAAGUCCUGGCCUCAAAGGUAAUAUGGAUGUGACAGCACCACAUUUUGGUGGAAAAAUAAAAACACCAGAGUUGGACUUAAAAAGUCCAACAGUUGACAUCAAAGGCUCGAGGGGUGAAUUUGAAGGUCCCAGUAUCAAAGGAAAUGUGGAUGCUUCCUAUCCUGAUGUAGAUGUUAACAUCAAAGGGAAAAAGGGUAAAUUCAAACUUCCUAAAGUCACAGGAAAGGGAAAGAAAUCUAAUUUUGAGACCGAAACACCAACAAUUGACGUAGAUGUAGAUACACCUAAGAUUAAUGUCCACGGAACAAAAGUUAAAAAGCCACUGUUUGGUAAACUACAUUUUCCUGAUGUGGAAUUUGAUAUCAAAUCCCCAAAAGUAAAAGGUGAUGGAUCUUUAUCUGAGGAGCUGAAAUCCCCCAACAUCGGCUUGCACGGUUCUGUUAGCAACAGUCAGGACUUUGGCCUUGAAGGCUCGGAUGUGACCUUAAAGAUACCCCAAAUGAGAAUGUCAGGUUUUGAAUCCGACAGAGCAAUCGGUGGCCUUCGAUAUCCAGAGGGUACAGUGAAAUUUCCAAAGCUCAAGAUCCCAAGGUUCGGUUUUAGUCUGCCCCACUUUGAGGACCAGGCAAGUGGUGGAACGGUUGCGGCUAGUGGAGAGCUUCACGGCUCACAGAGUAUCGCAGCUUCUAGUCCGGAAAUAAGGCAAAGUGAAGGAAAAAUAAAGGUUAAGAUACCAAAUUUUUUUGGAAAAUCAAAAGCAAAGGGCCGGAGUGCAGGUGACCUUCGGGGAUCAGAGGUAGAACUGAGUACAGGUGGAAAAGGCAAGGUCUCGAAAGAAUUCAGUGUACAUAGUGUAGAGGGGAAGUUACAUUUAGAGGGUGAUGCUGGACUCAGUGUUUCGCCCAAAAGCAAGUCUGCGUCACUGGAUCUUUACAAAAAGUCAAGGCAUCGCUCCACGAGCGAUGAGGGUGGGCUGGCAGUUCGUUCCCCUUCGGGACACCUCGAAGGGGAGGGCGCUGAUAUUUCACUCGACCUUAAAGGAACAAAGAUCAAAGGAAAGAAAGGCAAGUUGAAGUUUGGGACCUUCGGGGGUCUGGGUUCCAAGUCCAAGGGCUCGUAUGAAGUGACGUACGGUGAGGGUAGUGCAGAGGGAGUGGAGGGAAGCGCGGGCGUGUCGUUGACCACGCCCAAAUCGAGGCUGUCGUCGACGUCGUCGUCGUCCAGCAGUGACAUUGGGGCAAAGGGUGCGUUCAAAUUCCCUAAAAUUGAACUCUCUGUAUCACCGAAAGACGAAUAAUCAGGUGAUGACUUAAAAAACUCAAUCAAUUAAAUACAGUCGUGCUCAUAAGUUAACAUACCCUGGGAGAAUUUAAUAUUUCUUGGCCAUUUUUAAGAGAAUAUGAAUGAUAACACAAACACCUUUCUUCUGCUCAUGCCUAAUGGUGGCAUCUUUCAUCCAAUGCUUAGUCAUGGGGAAGGCAAAAUAAUUGUCAAAAGGAUCUGCGAGAAAAAGGUGAUUAAACUCCAUAAAACAGGAAAGGGGUAUAAAAAGAUAUCCAAGGAAUCGAGAAUACCAAUCAGCAGUGUUGAAACACUGAUUAAGAAGUGGAAAUAUGAGGGAUUCUUUUAGACCGGCACAGAUUUCAGCCGCAACAGCCAGGGAAAAUUGUUCGAGAUGCAAAGAAAAAUCCACAGAAAUACAGGACUCUCUGAGAAAUUGUGUCGUGGCUGUUUCAAAAUGCACAACAAGGAGGCACUUGAAGAAAAAUGGGCUGCACGGUCGAGAACAAAUCCAAAAUUCUCCCAGGGUAUGUAAACUCAUUAGCACAACUUUAUGUUCUUCCAGUCCGGGAAAUACAUCAAAGCCAGAGAGAAAAUGAAUACAAGUCAUCUCAUAAGCGACAUAUAAAACCCCAUCAAACUGUAAAUAAGAUCAAAAUGUAUUAAUAGAUAUUGUUUUUUUUGUACAUAGUCAAGAUUUAUUGCGCAUAUACCAUCAAAUGACUUCAUUACGGUUAUUUUGUCCUGUUUCAUUCAAUUAAAACGUGUCGAUAAACGGUUGUGGUAUGUGUUCCGUGCAGGGUCUGUUCCGCAGAACAGAUGGAUAGUCGUCGUUUGAAGGAAAGUCUUGUCCGUACAUUUAUAAAGUUUUACUUCAACGCUUGGAUUUUUUUCGUGUUACCUGGCGCAGAAACAUUUCUCCAUCCUAAACCGGCCCCUGUGUAACGUAUGCUUUUAUUGUGAAGUUGUUUAACCCCUCCUAAUUGCACAGACAGUCACUAUGUUUAGAAACUCAUGUAUUUUUCCGCACACAGAUUUAUCCACAUUUUAUUUUUUUUUCCCGCUCCAUUUUAAUCUGUUUUAUUGUACAGUUCUGGUCGCAUCUACUCCCAUUACGCAAAUAAAAAUGAAAUGAAAUGUCAUCGUCGGUGUUCAUACAUUUAUCAUGUCUGUGAUCAGAAUUGUUCUACCUUCCAUUUGUGUGCAUCCUGUCCGAUAAAAUAAAUAAAUUGUAUAGAAUUA